AUCAACACAUAUUGACCGUUUUUUUUAAACACUAAUGAGCAAAACUGACAUGUGUGUCUGUUAGCGAAGUAGAAGAUGUAGUUUGAAGAAGCAGCCAAAUACCGGUACGAAACACUGCUCACGUUAUUGGAUCAGUGUCAGAGAGUUUUGGCGCGCCUGUAUUUAACUGGGUGGACACACAGAGUCAUCAUCGGUGUUAUGAGAAAGGAUGGCGAGCUGCACGCAUGUUUUCCAGAUCUCUGGGAUCAAGAUCCGUGAUAAGAAGAGAGUUUUAGUCCAGGGAAUCCAGCAGCUGGGAGGAAAAUACAUAGGUGGCUCAGUCUACCAGCACGCCAGCACCCAUCUCAUAAUUCCUCAGGUUUUGUCCAGUGAGAAGUUUUUGGCAGCCUGUGCUGCAGGAAAGUGGGUUGUGACUCCAGACUAUGUGUUGGACAGUGUUAAGAAUGGUUCCUGGCUCGCAGAGGGACCCUAUGAAGUUACCAUUUCCACAGGUGCCACUUCUGCCUUCUACCCUGUCAGACAGUGGAGGGAAAAGGUGGCCAGUGGGAGGCUAACAGGGGCCUUCCAGGGCUGGAGGGUUCUCCUCAUGAUCCAAGAGCCCACCCGCAGGGCCAUGUUCAAACGGCUCCUAAAAGCAGGCAGGGCCAAAGUAUACCACUGUCCGCCUCCCGCUCAUGCCUCUAUCACUCAUGUCAUGGCUAAACCCAUCACAGAGGAUUCAAAAUCCCACAAUGCUCCUUGCUACCCUGUAAGCUGGAUUGUCCAGCACCUCUUUGGGAGCAAUUGUGUGGAUAUGAAGUUCAACAUAACGGAUGAUCAUUCAGCAGAGACGAAGAAGGCCAGUUUUGUUGAUGUUGACUUCUCUAAGCUGGAGACAGAGCUCAGGGACUAUGUCAUCAAACAGGAGGGCCGGCCGAGGCUGUGCUUCCUUGAAUUUCUGGAUUGCCAUGACCCGUACCAUCCACAGUCCCAGGCACCAGAAACAGACUUCAGCAAUGUUGGUAGUAUGAUAGAGUGCGGUCUCUUCAUUGAAGCCUUGGACUCAAUCAGAAGUGCUGUGUUCCCAGGGCUACUGCCACCAGCGCCAUACCUGGUCUCCCUCUUAGAAUACGCACAGCAGGGUAACGCCACAUCUGUCUUCCUGAGAAAUUUCCAGCAGUUCUUGUAUAACCUGCUCCUUACCAACCCUCCCUGGCUGGCCCCCAGCACAGUGAAAAAAUAUUUUACCCAGGUGUUGCAGUGUCCCCGGUGUAAGACAGGCCUGUGGCCUUUUCUAGAGACAGCCAUCAGUUACUGCCUGGCCAGUGAGGUCACAUGUCACCCGCUCCCUGGACCUGCCCAGCCAACACUGUUACAUUUUCAUAGUGACCUCCUGGCGUUUUUCCUCAAGCUCUUCCAGGGGGAACUCCACUCUGUCAGCACCAGGGAUUUUGUGUUGCCUGAGGGAACAGGAGUCUCUCAGGCUUCAGCUUCAGGAUCUUUGCUGUAUGGAACCUUCUGGACUGUGUGGGAGCGCUCCACGCUGUUGUCCCGAGCUGUGAAACAACUAACCCAGCUCGUGGUACAGGCUGCCAUCGAGGACUACACUGAGAGGGAUGAGAAGCAGAAGCUGCAUUUGGCGGACACCUUGCAGGACCUCCUGUCUGUGUUGGUGGAGUUCUGGUGUCAGCAGCACUUCAAACUGAACCCGAACCUGGUGGAAAAGGGCCUAAAAGACCUAGCAGAGCACUUUGCUGUUAUCAGCCAGGAUGUGUCUCCGGUGGUUCUGGCAGAGCUGGUUGUCCGGAUUCGCUCUACCAGACUUAAGUUGGUGAUGGCUGAUGCCAUAUUCAGGAAUCUCUGCUGCAGAAAUGGAUUUACAGUUGGAGAUGAACCCCUCUCUCUCAAGAAAAUGGUGCUGUCCUACCUGCCAGCUCUGGGGAGUUUGGCUCAGAGUCCCACCGGAGCUCGCCUCAGGACUGGACCAACCUCCCACAGCUGCACCAACCAGGGGAUCGGUUGCAGUACUUCAAGCUCUUUGUUGAAUGAAACAAGCCUGGAGAAAGAGAACAUCCCCAGAGGUUUGAACAGAGUCAACGCAGUAGGAGAGACCCUCCUCCACAGAGCUUGCAAGAGGAACCAAGUGGAAACGGUGCUUCAGAUCCUGGCGCUUCCUGGCACGGACGUCAACGUUAAAGACCAUGCAGGCUGGACGCCUCUGCAUGAAGCCUGCAACCAUGGCAGCACUUCAUGUGUGGAAGCUUUGCUACGUCACCACCCUGCCCCUGUGCUUAAUAACCAGGUGGGUGGAGUCAGUCCACUGCAUGAUGCCCUGCUGAACGGACAUAUGGACAUCGCCAAAAUGCUACUGGAGCGCGCAGGCUCAGCUCUUCUGCAGCAGACUGAUGGAGACGGGCGGUCUGUACUGGAUCUGGUCUCUGCAACGAGUCAGAGGGAGGAGCUCCUCCACAGCGCCCAGGUCGGAGACUCGGCCCUGAGAAACAGAGUGACUGAGGUCUUGAACCUGCCCUACCUGGAGGCUGGAUCCUCUCUGCUGGCCCACCUCAUUUUCUCCUACCAGCAAGAGAGGGGCCUGCCUGGCCGCACACAACCCAGCGACAAGUCCCACCGCUUGGGCUACAUGCUGGUCCGGGCCCUGGAAGCACAUUCCCUCCAAAAAGUGACUUUGGGCUGGAUGGACCAGCGUGCAGUGAGGCUGGUGGAGGAUGUAGAGACACUGUUGGAGCUUGGCAGAGGGAGUUACCUGGGGCAGGUGUCUAAGGCAGUGAAAGAGUGCAAAGGAGAGAAUACACUGUUCCUAAUGGAGAUACUGGAGGAUCUUAAGGCUCGGGGAGAAGCGCUAGUGGUUGACCUGUGACAUAGGAUGAAUGGACAAUACACCGAAAAAGACUUGAAUGCAAAACUUAUGAUUGAAAUUGUAUCUGUGUCAGUUAUAUACAACUGUUUAUUAUAUGAUCAUACAGUUUACCAAGGCCUUAAAAUAACUACACAGGCAACAAACAUCUGGCCGUCUGUGGAUGUAUGUCUCCAGAAUAAUGUGGCCUUCUCCUGUCUUCCCAUUCAGUUAAAUGAAGAGAUAGAAAGCAUUUCAUGCUUUUGGUUAUAACAAAUACAUGGUUUGGAUAUAUGUCACUACCUUGUUUUGAUUUAAAAUAUUUUAUACUUUGCAAAUAUUUUUCAAAUGGAAAAAUGUAUUUAUGUUUAAUGUUUUUAUUGCAAGACUGACUGUUUUGUAGACUGUUACUACCUCAAGUUCUUGUUUUCUACAGCCACAUUUUUAUGUUCAAAGAUAAAAUUGUUUUUUCACAUAAAAAUAACUUGACUGAGUGGUCAAGUAUUUUAUACCAAUAAAUCAAAGGGAAAUGACUACUGCCGUGUAAGGCUGAAAGGUGCUCUAACAAAUGGAGGGGCUUCAUGUGGGGGCCACAGUGACAGAGUAAAACCACUUCUCACAGAAGUCAUCCUGGUUUGAAAUGCUUGAGGCCCUGAUGUUCACGCAGGGUCUUAGCCACACAGACAGCAGUGAGGAAUGAGCCACUUCCUGAAGCUGAGCAUGAAUGAAGAGAGGGACUUAGGCCUGCUUGUUGGGGUGGGUCGAGUGGGCGAUGGAGCAAUGGAGGUGAGGAUUUAAACCUGAAAUGUGAACGCAAUUGGUAUUUGAGACUGAGAUGAAUGGCCUUAUAAUUCCUUUGCUGCUACCAGUGUUGGGUUAAAAAUUGAUUGUUGAUGCAGAAAAUUUUGCAAUAACCCAGACACUCUGAAGAUGAUAAAAAAUAUUUAAUCUCG